CUUGGUCUAAGUCUUGCAGGUCGGCAGCUUCUGUUUAAGCAUACAAAUGACAGUGUCCUCCCAUAGAAAUGUUCUCAAGCUGCUAACACUGGGACUCAUCUUCCACGUCGUGUUCAUUGCUUCUGUUUUUGACUGCUACUUCACUAGCCCAGUCGUCCAUGGCAUGCUUCCUCGCAGGGCUGGCUCUGGGGAAGCAAAACGAGUCGUUCUCAUUGUGGGAGAUGGUCUACGCGCAGACCUUCUAUUCAGUGUGAACGCGUUCUCUUUCCUUCCUUCCUCACCAAAUAUCGUAGCUCCUUAUUUGCGCGAUAUUGUCCAGUCACGAGGGGCAUUUGGAUUGUCGCACACCCGAGUACCAACGGAAAGUCGACCCGGGCAUGUCGCAAUCAUUGGGGGUAUGUAUGAGGAUGUCUCUGCCGUGACCAAGGGUUGGAAAACGAAUCCCGUUCACUUUGACUCUGUAUUCAAUCAAUCCAGUCACACUUUCUCUUUCGGCUCCCCAGACAUCUUGCCAAUGUUCGCUCAAGGCGCAACCCCCGGAAAAGUUGACACUUGGAGCUACGAUGAGGAGGACGAAGACUUUACAAAAGAUGCCACCGCUUUAGAUAUUUGGGUAUUGGACCAACUUCAGACGUUGUUUCAGAAUGCAUCAUCAAACGACUUGCUUGAUUCAGAAUUGCGCGCUGAUAAAGUGGUGUUCUUCCUGCACCUCCUUGGUCUGGAUACCACUGGUCACUCAUACAGGCCACACUCCAAAGAAUACAUGAACAAUAUACAAGUCGUUGAUCGCAUCGUCCAACAAACAGAAGAACUUUUCUCUAAUUUCUACCACGAUGAAGAGACGAGCUUCAUAUUUACAGCUGACCACGGUAUGUCCAAGAUUGGCAACCAUGGCGAUGGCGACCCAGACAACACACGUACGCCACUGGUUGCAUGGGGGCGGGGCGUUAGGGGCCCUCUUCCUGACAGUAUACCUUCUUCACACGAUGAUUACUCUCGGUCCUGGCAACUAGACGACUUUCUGCGACGAGACGUGGAACAGGCGGACCUCGCACCCCUGAUGGCUGCACUGAUUGGUAUCAACUAUCCGGUAAAUUCAGUGGGAGUCCUCCCUGAUGUAGACCCUUCGCGACCUGGCUACUUGCUACCGCAAGAGGGAGAGUCAGCCUUGGCCCGGCUUGCAUUGGCAAAUGCAGAGAGUAUUUUAGAACACUACCGAGUGAAACACGAAUCGAAGGCUGUACAAACCAUUCUAUACAAAGCUUUCGAACCUUUGGAAGAAGUCAGUCAAGAUGGGAAGCCUUCAAGAGUAUCCUGGUUAUCCAAGAUAGAGCGUCUGAUUAGCGAUGGAAGAUUGUUUGAAGCUCGUCAAGAGACAGCUGAACUCAUCAAGGUUACUCUCCAAGGUCUCCGGUAUCUCGAAACGUAUAAUCGAGUACUUAUAAGGGUCAUCGUCAUGAUAGCAUAUACGGGGUGGUCAGCUUAUGCAUCGUUGUCGAUUUUGCCCCCGCCAGCUUCCUUGGUCUCGGUCAGCCAACGUACCGUGGUCAAAAUUGCUACUGCGACUAUAUUAGCAACAUUUUGGGCACUCUUUGCUGCGGAGAGAGCUCCAUGGACGUUUUAUAUCUACGUGACUUUCCCCUGCUACUUCUGGCAGCAAUUUGCGCUGCGUGGAGUUCCAGUCAUCAUGCAACAAUUCAAGUCGAAUGACAGACCCGGACCUUUUAUAGGCAGAGUGUUGUUCCACUUGGUCAUCGUGACGGUUGUGCUCCAGUGCAUGGUUGCUGCCUACACUCACCGGUCGCUCUGGAGUAUUGGCUUCUUGGUCAUGGGCAUUUUAUGGCCAUUUACGUCGUGGCCAAGUCAUGUUCGGUCGCAGCACCCGGGACUCUUACUUUCCUGGAUGAGUAGCUGUCUGGCCACUGGCAUAUUCCCCCUACUCAGUGUCGACAAGAGAGAGAAUUUAUACAUGAUCAUGUGCGGAGGGGCAAUGAUCCUCGCAGUUGGUGCAGGUUGCGCGCGUUUGGCGUCGAACGGUGCUCCAAAUGCCGUGAAGCUAUCUGAGAUCAUCCAGGUGUCUUUUAUCUUGCUCGCCAUGACAAUUACUGCUAGCUCGGUGAAAAGUUUACAAGCGAAACAGGGAUUGCCCAUCAUUAACCAGACCUUAGCAUGGAUCAUACUUGUUGUAUCGUCGGUCUAUCCGUUCAUCUCCAAGGCACGGCACAGCACCCCGACCUCCAAAAUCAUAUCGCUGUUCAUGGGUUUCGGAGUCUGUUUCGUCAUUCUUUCGAUCAGUGUUGAAGGUCUAUUCUAUGCCGCCUUCACAUGCAAUUUACUCUUGUGGAUAGAAGUUGAGGUGACCGUCCAGUCGAAUCGAGCUGGGACCGCUUCGCAGAAUCAAGAAUACGAGUUUCGCACUGAUGAUAUCAGAAUAGCACUCUUUUUCUUGUUUUUCGUUCAGGUGGCUUUCUUUGGAACCGGAAAUGUUGCGUCAAUUUCAUCGUUCUACUUAGAACCCGUCUACCGUCUGGUACCAAUCUUCAAUCCAUUCUUGAUGGCAGCGUUAUUGAUAUUCAAAAUUGUCGCUCCAUAUGUGAUCUUGUCGGCUGUUUUUGCCACUUUGAAUGCAAAACUCCACCUACCGCCCUUCUCGCUAUUUCUGGUUGCUCUGACGCUCACUGAUGGAAUGACGAUGGCAUUUUUCCUGAACGUCACGGAUACUGGAUCGUGGUUGGAGAUUGGGCAAUCGAUCAGCUUCUUUUGCAUAACUUCUCUAUUAUUGGUUUGGUCAGCUGGUAUCUGCGCCGCUGGGGAGUAUCUCAUGGUAAAUACGUUGCUGUCCCACAAGUCUACGGACAGUCGCAAGCUAGAAUAAGCAACAUGUUGAUGGUCCAAGAACUAACCAAACACCGCGUAACAUUCCGUGCAUGAAAUCCUACU